AGGCUGUGACAACCCGGAGGAGAGCUGUGGGCAUCAGAGGAAAGUGAGCCUUAAAGAAAUAGGAGGGGCAUACUAGAGCCUAGAAAUGUCAAUCAGAGCCGGGAGUCUCAAUAAUCUGAAGCAAUCUGUUAGGACCUGACCUCGGUCCACUCAGAUCAAUAGCAAAAGUGAGACGAGGAAGAGCGAUCGGCUCCUGUUCUUGCUUCUUCUUGGGAGCCUGCAGUGAAACCCCCGCCUCCGCACUCACCAAACAAACCCUUCCCUGUGGGUUGGGGCGCACUUGGUGUGCUUAGUGCCCCGCUCCCUUCUCACACAUUUUGGAGUUUUCCUCCUCCUCUUCACCCUUGGAGCCCCGACUUUCUCCAUCCCCCCAAACAGUAUGUCCUUUCCCCAGCUGGGAUACCAGUAUAUGCGACCCUUGUAUCCGGGAUCGGAGCGGCAGCAGGGUUUAGCGGCUGCAGGAGGGACGCGAACCGGCACCGAGCUCUCCAACAUGCUUUCCUCCAUGUACAGCUCGCCGUACGGGGCAGCAGCGGCGGCGGCAGCAGCGGCUGCAGCCCAGGGAUAUGGCGCUUUUCUACCCUACGCCACUGAGCUGCCAAUCUUCCCUCAGCUGGGUGCUCAAUAUGAAAUGAAAGACAGUCCUGGAGUACAGCACCCAGCCUUUCCUCAUCAUCAUCCUGCCUUUUACCCGUAUGGUCAGUACCAGUUUGGGGAUCCUUCCAGACCGAAAAAUGCCACCAGGGAAAGUACCAGCACCCUGAAGGCCUGGCUCAACGAACACAGAAAGAACCCAUAUCCCACAAAGGGGGAAAAAAUAAUGCUGGCUAUUAUAACGAAAAUGACUUUAACACAAGUGUCCACUUGGUUUGCCAAUGCCAGAAGAAGACUUAAAAAAGAAAACAAAAUGACUUGGGCCCCAAGAAGCCGGACAGACGAAGAAGGAAAUUCUUACGAAAGUGACCACGAAACGGAGGGGGACAAGCGAGAAGAUGAGGAAGAGAUUGACUUGGAAAAUAUUGACACAGAAAAUAUUGAAAGUAAAGACGAUCUGGAUGACCCUGAUCCAGACAUUCAUUCGGACUCAAAGACUGAUGGGAGAAGUGACUCGGAAAUUUCUGAUGGUUUCGAUGAUCUAAAUGGAUCGGAGGACAGAUAUCUGAAAUCGGUUAUAAAUGAAAACAGAGACAGUAACGGAGUCAAAUGUGAGUUUUCUUCACAACUAAAGCCUGCUAAUGAUCAGCUGAAACUUUCUUUACCCACAGAAAAUGUAGCAACAACACAAAAACCGAAAAUUUGGUCUCUUGCUGAGACCGCCACAACCCCGGACAAUCCAAGGAAAUCUCCCCAGAUCUCAGGGUCUGCAGUAGGUCCUGCAGCUUCGAACCUCUUAACUCCUCAUAGACUUAUCCCUUGUUCUGUUGGGAAAUUUCACAAUUGGACAAACCGUGCAUUUUCUGCACACCAACUGACUUUAAUAAAUGCCAACCGGUUCCUUAACCAGAGCACUCCAAACACAGGCAUUGCUGUCUUUUCAAGACAGGGAGAACAGACUCAAACCACAGACUCUUCAGUAACAGAUCGCUCUAACAGUGCCUUGGAUGCAGAGAAAAAGUUAUUAAGGACAGCCUUUCAACCGGUUCAAAGACGGCCGCAGAAUCAGUUGGAUGCAGCAAUGGUCUUAUCAGCGCUGUCUUCUUCGUAACCUAUCGUUUACCCCCUUGUUGCCAUGAAUGUAAAAAUGUCUGUCUGUAUAGUUUCAAUUGCAAGCAUGUCCCAGUAUUAAAAAUCUGCUAAUGUAAUAUUGUAUAAAUUAGUGCGUCUGUGAGGUUUUUUCUGGAAGUCAAGUGGCUAGUAUGUUUUUGUAUAUACAGUAAACAUAAUGUACAUACUUGUGUACUAAAUUGUACAAGAAAGUAUAUAUUUUGGCUAAUAAAUGAACUGUUUCGACUUUGCA